AUAGUAUACAUUACAAUACUUGGAAUAGUCAAAAUGUCUCGAAAGGCUAAGAGGAUUUCAUACAACCUAAAUAACUACAAUUUGAUUAGAAGUCGAGAAUUGGGUUUAAAACCAAAAUUAGGGCAUGGUGCCGACAUUUCCAAGAAGUUGUAUUCAAACCUAGAUGUAUGUCGACCAAAAGUGCCAGUUGAGAAAACUAAAUGUGAACAAGGAGGUAUUUUUAACUUGGAGUUCAGUUUUGAUGGACGAAUGCUGGUGUCUGCUUGUAAAGAAAGAUCUGUGUUGAUUUUUGAUGCAGCUAAUCAAAAGAUGAUAAAGAAAAUUAACGAAGCACAUUGUAAUUGUGUCAAUUGUGUUAGGUUUCUUAAUGACUAUACAUUUGCAACUUGUUCUGAUGACAACACAAUAAAGGUAUGGGACACAAGAAUGCUAAAUUGUGCCACAAGGACAUUACAGGGUCAUUCAAAUUGGGUAAAAAAUAUAGAAUACUCAGAGAAAGAAAAUGUGAUGGUAACAUCAGCUUUUGAUGGAAGUAUUUAUGCUUGGGAUCUCAAUAGCCCUACAGAGAAUAACGUUCUCUAUGACAAAGUAUUUGUGAUGAAUGGACUUAUGAGGACUAAACUGACACCUGAUGGCACAAAAAUGGUCAUCUGUACAACAAGUGGAUAUAUUAUUAUAAUUCAUGAUUUAAAUUUGAGAACAUUAAGCCAUGACAUGAAAACAUUUAGGCCCAAUUUGUACAGACUUAUGCAGUUGAGUGAACAAACUUUUCCAGCUGCCACAAUGUUCAAUUACCUUUUUUACCAUUCAAGAAAGUCAAAUCGGUUAGAGUUUAUAGACGACUUUCCCAACGACGUGGAAGUAAUUAGUUCUCUUCAGAUCCACCCAAUGGGUUGGAAUGCUUUAUCAAGAAGUAUUAAUGGAUCAGAAAAUGAAGAGUGGACAUCUGUUCAUGAUAUUCAAAGUCGUGAUGCGUCAGACUAUGAAGAUGCUUAUCUGUAUGUUCUUGACUCUGCAUUGCCGGAUAUCAAUGCUGAGGAAUCUCCCCCCGAAGACGUAGAAAACGCACGUCCCACAGAUAUUUGGAUGGGCUUCAUAACAAAUGAACAGCUAAGCGCCCAGCGAUCUCAAAGAAACCAAAGUAACCAGGAAAACCUCCAUUCUUCCAUGGGCAUAAUUCAUAGCGGUCUCGUGGGCAGGGACAAUUACACUCGUUACUUCCGCAAGAGACCGGAAGAUCGUUUCCGUAUAGUGAAAAAUUUGCCGAGACUGACGCACUUCAUUAAAGAACAGAGUGUUGGUAAGGGGUACAUCAAAGAAUUGUGUUACUCAAGUGACGGGAGGAUUAUCUGUUCACCUUACGGAAAAGGUGUCAGGCUUUUGGCUUUCGACGAACAGUUACAAGAAGUGAGUUAUUGUGUGCCGGAAAAGCCUCGCGAGCUUUUUACCGUUGCUGAAAUAAACGAUUAUCAUCCGGAUGUCGUGGUUUGUUGCAAAUUCAGUCCUAAACACUAUCAGCUGGUUAGCGGGUGCUUGGGAGGCGAAAUUGUAUGGUACCAUCCAAUUCUAUGAGAAAAACAAAAUUUAAAAGGUGAUUGAUAUCGUCUUAUUUAAUUUUUGAAUGCCAUUAUUCUGCGUUCUUGCAAAUAUGUCGAAUUUCUUUUAUCGUGCGUUGUGCAUUUUAUUUAAUUUUUGUUGAUUCUGUGAUUAGGGUGGGAUUGCGUAAUCAAUCAUUUGAUGGAAUGAAUUAAUUUUAAAACUUGUAAAUUAUUAUUAUCUAUGAAAAAGCCAAUACUUUUUCGUACGAUUUUCUUAAAAUAAAUGCCAUCUGAGUUUUA